AUGAACGUCGAGAAAAACAACAAACCGGCGAAACGCCGUAAAAUCAUCCAACACCGCACACAAUCAUCGAUGACUUCCUCAAUAUAUUAUUUCUUUGCUCGAAAAUCAAUCUGGGGAACUGAUAUGGGUGAAAUGAUUUGGGCGCCAAGUCGUUGGACAUAUCCAUUUAAUGUUUUCUACUACAAUGUGAAGAGACAGAGUGUUCGAAGAGUUGAGGUCAAAGGAAUUGAAGAGAAGCUAUUGAUGGGUCGAGAUCACCCUAAACCAGUCUUCACCUUCACAAACCAUGUUGAGAAUUUGAUGUUUCUGCAAUAA